UGGAGAUGGAGGAUGGAAAGCGUGAAACAUUGUGAUGAAUGGGAUAUACACGUAAAAACAACUGGGUUUAACAAUACAGAAAUAGGAAAGGGCAUCAAUGGCGGCGAAGCCUCCAAUCUGCGGCUUCACUCUCACACUUUUGACGAGGCUUGCCCAUUUCCACAAAGUACAAUCAAAGCCUAACUCAGAGGUGACUCGAUUUGAAAAGGUUGUUUAAUGCAAUCUUGCCGAUGAUUCUUCUUCAUCGUGCUGUCUGUCUGAGUGCGAGUCCAGCUCAGCCGCCUCAGUAGUAGUUAAACACUAAUCUCUUUCUUUCUUUAUCGUUAAUCCAAAUCCAAAGUCUGAAACGACACAAGACCAUCCCUUAAUCAAAUAUAUAUAUAUAUAUAUAUGUUCUCUCAAUCGCCACAAUUCUGGCUCUCUGAUUCUCAUCAUAUAUCGUUACAUAAUGCGGGCGAUAUCUGAGGCGGGGAUUUUGGUGGUGUGGUUCUUCGCCGCUGCAACGGUGGUGGGGCGUUGCGGCGGGCUUUCGGCGGGCGUUCUGACGCUGGAGAGGGCUUUUCCGGCGAACCAGAGGGUGGAGCUGGAGGAGCUCCGAGCUCGGGACCGCGCAAGGCAUGCCCGAAUCUUGCAAGGGGUUGUCGGCGGCGCUGUCAAUUUCGCCGUCUCCGGUACCUCUGAUCCCUACCUACUCGGCCUUUAUUAUACAAAAAUUAAGUUGGGCUCUCCCCCAAAGGAAUUCAAUGUGCAGAUUGACACCGGAAGCGAUACCUUAUGGGUUAACUGCAACACCUGUGCUGACUGCCCCCGCUCAAGUGGACUUGGUAUUGAGCUUAAUUUCUUUGAUGCUGCCAGCUCAACGACUGCUUCUUCAGUUUCGUGUUCAGAUCCAUUAUGCACUUCUGUAGUUCAGACUACAGCUGCAGAAUGUUCUCAGAGUAACCAAUGUGGUUAUUCGUUUCAGUAUGGAGAUGGAAGUGGAACAUCUGGCUUUUAUCUAUCUGAUUUGCUAUAUUUUGACACAAUCAUGGCAACUUCUUCGGUUGCCAACUCUUCUUCUACAAUUGUCUUUGGGUGUAGCACCUUUCUGUCUGGGGACUUAACUAAGACAGAUAAAGCAAUUGAUGGGAUUUUUGGGUUUGGACAACAGGAUCUGUCUGUCAUAUCACAGUUGGCGUCAAGGAGAAUUACCCCCAAGGUGUUCUCCCACUGCUUGAAAGGAGAGGGCAAAGGUGGUGGCAAACUAGUUCUUGGUGAGAUUCAGAAUCCAGGCAUGGUCUACAGUCCUCUUGUGCCAUCACAGCCUCAUUAUAACUUGUACCUGCAAAGCAUUGCUGUCAAUGGGCAAUUAUUGCCUAUUGAUCCAGCCGCAUUCACAACAUCAAUUAACCAAGGAACCAUUGUUGAUUCUGGAACAACUUUGGCAUACCUGGUGGAAGAUGCUUAUGAUCCUUUUGUCAGUGCUAUCACUGCAGCUGUUUCACAAUCUGCAACACCCGUCAGUUCAAAAGGACACCAGUGUUAUCAAGUGACCUCCAGUGUAACUGAGGUAUUUCCUCUAGUUUCUUUAAACUUUGCUGGUGGUGCACCCAUGGUUUUAAGACCAGAGGACUACCUUGUUGAUUUUGGUUUUAUUGAUGGUGCUGUAACAUGGUGCAUUGGCUUUCAGAAAGUUCAGGAUCUGGGGGUAACUAUUUUAGGAGAUCUUGUUCUUAAAAAUAAGAUCUUUGUUUAUGACUUGGCUCGGAAACGGCUUGGGUGGGCUGAUUAUGAUUGUUCAUUGCCUGUGAAUGUCUCCACAACUACUGGAAUGGAUGAGUUCGUCAGCACCGGGCAGCUGAGUGUGAGCAGCUCGUCAAGAAACACACUUUUCAAGUUGAUAUCUGCCAGCAUUACUCUCCCCUUGCAUAUAAUUUUGUUCAUGGCGUUUGUCUUAAUAGUGACUUGAAUCCCCUCCUAUGGAUCUCUCAUUCAUUCUUUGCUUGGUAUCUAUUGGUUUCAUUGAUUCUUUCUCUAGCAGCCAGCAGGGUGUGGUAGUUUUCUAGUGCCUACAACUACCAAGGUGCGAUCGCUAUCCUGCUCUUUUCCCGACCUCAUUUCUGGGUAGCAGCGAAUGGUGCCCUGCCAUUUGCUAGCCCUAGCGUUAUAAACAAUCUCCACACUCCAUUGUCUCGUCUCCAAUGGAAGUUCAAAAUGACAGCUGUUUGCAGUGGCUGCCUGCAAGUGCAAGAAUGAGGUCAAUUUUUGUCCUGUUUUGUGUAUGUUUCUAUUGUGCAUUAGUUUCAUUUCUCUCUGUCUUACUUCUUGUGGCUGAAAAUAACCCUUAAUUAGUUCACUAACUCUAUUGUAUGUAUGUAGACUUAAAAGAUUCAUCCAUCACUUACUCUACUGUAGUUGUUUAAGUUCCAUGUGGAUGUUAUGUUAUAUAUCUUUGGUUUUGUAUGUUUGAACAUAAA